UUUUAUUAUGCCCCUAUAUCAAAGCCACAUCAAAACCAUUUGUAACUCGGAAAUAAAAGCAACUGAUUUUGAAUUAUGGCUUUUUUCGUAAAAAGCCUGUAUUAUGACCAUUUGUUUCUGGCUAGAAAGACCUUAGUUGAUUAUCGUUUUCUUUGCAUGAAGUCAAUUCAAGUUGAAACUAGUAAAGUGAGGAAAAAAGAUGACAAUCUUGUCAAUCCUGAAAGUGUUGGGGAUUAUGCUAUGAGAAUGAUGAAAAAGUUGGAUGAAGAAGGAAAAUUGAAAAUGCAAAAGCGUUCGGUGUGGUUGAUAAGAAGACAUAUGGAUAGCGUUGCAAAGUUCUAUGAAAAUCCAAAGCAAGUUUUAGGUCUAUCUUUGCAGGAAUUUAAAGACAGAGUGAAAUUAUUGGAAGCUUUGGGUGUUAGCCUUGAAGAUGCUAUGGUGAUUGGUUUAUCCUAUCCUUCUUGUUUAUGUUUUGAUUUACCAUCAAUGCAUUCUAUGAUAUCUUUAUUAAAAAAUAGUUGUUAUCUUCCAAAACAUUUCAUAAAGUAUCCUUAUGUGUUUUCCCUGGAAAGUAAACAAUGUGAAAGAAACUUGCAAUACCUUAAAGACAUUGGUUUAUCAACAGAAAAUAUUGGUAACCUUAUUGACGUCAAUCCCAUUGUCUUAACUGCAAAGCUUUCAGAUAAAGCAGAAAAUUUUGCCCAAUAUGCCAAAAACUUUCGACCAUCAAGUAACAUAUUAAGACUUGCUUUGAAAUCGUCACUCCUCAAAUCAGGUGAACAAGUGGUUUUAAAUGAAGAUUUUGAUAAAAUUUUAAGAUUUCUCAAUGACCUUAAGAUUGAUAUUUCAAAAUUGAUGCAAAAAUGUCCUGAAUUUUUGUGUUGCAAACAUGAAAAUUUGCUAGAGACAUAUAAAUUUUUAUCUGGUUCACCCCUCUAUUGUGAAAAGAAUCAUAUUAAAAAGUUACUCAAGUCAAAUCCUCAUGCAUUCCUUCAGAUGAAUAAAAGCUCUUUCCAAAAAAGUAUACAAAAUCUUUCAAAAAUCAUUGAUUGCAAUGUAAAGUUGUAUUUGUUAUUGCAAAAGUCGCCAAUGUUAUUUUUUGACAGUUCAUCCAUCUUGCUUGAAAGAAUAGAACUGCUAAGACAAUAUCAGUUUUCUCAAAAAGAAAUUGUUUUAUUGCUGGGAAAAGCUGCAUUUGUGUUCAGCGAUGAAAAAUCAUCAAGUAAUCUGGAAAAAAAACUUCACUUAUUGCUUUCAUCAAAUGACAUCACAACUGGUCAAGUUUGCAAGUCACCAAUUAUUUUGAGAGCACCUUUGGAGAAGAUACAAAAAAGAUUGUUUUUUAUAAGAAUGAAGAAACUAAACACAUUGAAUCGUCAUUCUCUCAAUGAAAUAUUUUUCUCUAGUAAUCAAACAUUUGUAAAUGAAAUGUGUGAGUCUUCUCUGGAUGCAUACCUCUCCAUUAUAGAUGUUUUAGAUCCAAUCUAGUUAUACUGUGAACUUGUAUCCCUGGAAUUUUUCAUAAUUUAAAUAUAUAUGUUUAUAAAACAAACACAAUGAAUCGUGUGUGCUGAUUGGUCU